AUAAUAUCAAAGAUAUAUAGACCAUAUAUUAUUUCCAUAGAGAAUUUAAUUAAACAUUUAUUCACCAACAAAACCAUAUGACCAAUUUAAUUUUUUUUAAAAAAAAGAAGAAAAGAAGAAAAAAAGAAAAAAGGUGUAGGGUAUUGAUUUAUACAUUACCGUAGGAGAAUAGAACCCACUAAAAAUCGGUGCCUCUUUUAUCGUGUACCUUAAUUCUCGGACAAUUAGCCAAUAGCCACUCCUCGUGGUUAAAAAUUCCUUUUUGACAAACUUUGCUCUUCUCUUCUCUUCUCUUCUCUUCUCUUCUACCCCUCUUUCCUUUUUCUUACCACAAAGUAUAGAAUUUGAAUUUCAAGUUAUGGGUUCGGGGAAUUUUCUUCAAGUCGUGGCUAAUAACUUCGAUGUUCUUGCUCUGCCUGUGGUUUCUCUGGUGUAUCCUCUUUACGCUUCCAUCAAAGCUAUAGAGACGAAGUCAAUAGUGGACGACCAACAAUGGCUUACUUACUGGGUUUUGUACUCUCUCAUGACUCUUUUUGAGCUCACGUUUGCCAAAAUACUUGAAGUGGUUGCGAUUUGGCCAUAUGUGAAACUAAUAAUAAUGAGUUGGUUAGUUCUACCACAUUUCAAUGGGGCAUCACAUGUUUACAAAAACUUCAUUAGGCCACAUUAUAUGAACCCUCAAACCUCUACACUAUGGUACAUUCCUCGUAAGACCAAACAUAUUUUCAGUACCCAAGAUGAUGUUUUAACAGCUGCUGAGAAGUACAUGGAAGAGCAUGGGACUGAAGCUUUCGAAAGGCUUAUGUAUAAGGCUGAAAGAGAGAGAUCGAGAAGGAACAACAAUUACAUGAUUUUCGAUGAUGAUUAUGCGUAUUGAAAUCUCGAAUCUAUAUAUAUAAUUUAUUACCUAAAUAAUUGCGUAUAAUCUUGAUUUAGUGUAUUAAGUGAGUCCAUUCAACGAGGCGUAUGUUAAAGUUUAGUCACUUUUUUGUAUGGAAAUAUGUACUUUAACUAAUAUUGUUUAUGCAUAAGAUUGGAAGGAUUCGUGUUAGCUUAA